AUGUCUGUUCAUGGUAAAUCCGUGAAAACCACUGAGGAAGUGGCUCUUCAGAUCCUCUUGCUUUGCCAGUUUGUGGUUGGGACCGUGGCCAAUGUCUUUCUGUUUGUCCAUAAUUUCUCUCCAGUCUUGACUGGUUCUAAACAGAGACCCAGACAGGUGAUUUUAAGCCACAUGGCUGUGGCCAAUGCCUUGACUCUAUUCCUCACGAUAUUUCCAAACAACAUGAUGGCUUUUGGUCCCAAAACUCCUCCAACUGAACUCAAAUGUAAAUUAGAAUUCUUCAGUCACAUGGUGGCAAGAAGCACAAAUUUGUGUUCCACCUGUGUCCUGAGUGUCCAUCAGUUUGUCACUCUGGUUCCUGUUAAUAGAGGUAAAGGUAAACUCAUACUCAGAGUAAGUGUCCCAAAUUUUGCGAAUUAUUCUUGCUACAGUUGUUGGUUUUUCAGUGUCUUAAGUAACAUCCAUAUUCCAAUUAAGGUCACUGGUCCACAGAUAAUAGACAAUAACACUGACUCUAAAAGCAACUUGUUCUGUUCCACUUCUGGAUUCAUUGUAGGCAUUGUCUUCUUGCAGUUUUCCCAUGAUGCCACAUUCAUGAGCAUCAUGGUCUGGACCAGUGUCUCCAUGGUACUUCUCCUCCAUAGACAUCAUCAGCGAAUGCAGCACAUCCUCACUCCCAAUCAGGACCCCAGAGGCCAAGCUGGGUCCAGAGCAACCCAUACUAUCCUGAUGCUGGUGAUCACAUUUGUUAGCUUUUAUCUUCUAAAUUGUAUUUGUAUCAUCUUUCAUGCCUUUUCUAUACAUUCUCGUCUCUUCAUAAGGCUUGUCAGUGAGGUUCUGGCUGCAGUCUUCCCCAGUGUCUGCCCUUUAGUGUUGAUCUUCAGAGAUCCUAAAGAUCCUUGUUCUGUGCUCUUCAAAUGUUGA